AUGAUCGAGGCUUUUAUUCAUAAGCCCUGGUCUUACUUAUCCAAAUUCAAUAAUUUUUACUUAAUUCAAAAAGUUUGUUAUUCGGACUCUGCGGUCGUUAGUUAUUUACCUAAAUUAAAAAAUUUGGAUUUACCUGAUAGAACUCGAAAACAAAGAUUAUUUAGAAAAAACUUUAUCGAAGAAUUAUUUCUUAAUAAAUUUCACGCGAGUGUUUUGGAUUACCCAGAAAUCGAUAGUUUAAUUGAAGUUAAUAACUUAGAAAAGCAAUGUAGUAAUGCCAAGGAGUUAAUGAAUAUAAUCUCGUCAAAAUCAAAUGAAAUAACAUUUAAAAAUGAAACUGAUAAAACCUUAUGGAAUUUUAAAAACUUGGAAUUAACCGGUUUUAAAAUUUCAACAAAAAAAGGAGGGUUUGGUUAUUUAAAUUCAGAAUGUGCUUUCAUGCAGGAAGCAAUAAGUUCUGAUUUAAACCUUUCUAAUUUUGUUAUGACAAACGAGACAUUUGGAAUAGAUUUAAUUCAACGAUUAGGUACAGAUGAACAGAAAGAAUUGUACGUUCCAAAAUUAAUCAGUUGUGAAAAAAUGACCAGUUUUGCUCAUUUAGAGCCUGAAAAUUUUAACACUCUCGAUCCUAUUUUGCUUAAUACUAAUGCUAAAUUAUCUUCUGAUAAUUCUGACAAUUAUAUUGUAAAUGGAAAAAAAAUUUGGGUUCACAAUGCUAGUCAUGCAGAUUUAAUAAUUUUUUCUGCUAAUAUAAAUGAUGGCCAAGAUUUGAACAAAAACAAAAUUGGUUUAUUUAUAGUAGAUAAAAAUUUAAAUGGAAUCAAAGUUUAUGAACCUAUACAAAAAUUAUCAUCAAAAGGUAUGGACUGCUGUUCUGUUACAUUUGAUAAUGUCACAGUUCCUAAAAGUUGCAUUUUAGGGAAAUGUGAAAAUGUUGAAAAUGAAAUUAAAAAAAGUUUUUCAAAGUUUUACUUAAGUAUAGGAGCCCAAAGUGUUGGAAUGAUAAAAAAAUUAAUAGAAAUAAGCACACAUCAUUGCACAUACAAUAAAAUUUUCAGUAAAUAUAAAUAUGAACUAGAUUAUUACAAAAUAAUAUUGAGUAAUCUUGUUUCUCGUUUAUUUGCCGUCGAAAGUAUGACUUACUUGCUAUCAGGAAGAAUGGACAUGCAUGAUAAUGCUGAUGUAUUUUUAGAGUCCCUCAUUUUAAAAAUUUUUUCUACUGAAAACUUACAAUAUGUUUUGGAUCAAACUUUAUCAAUAAUUGGAAGUGAAAUAUAUUCUGAAAGAUAUAAUAUGCAGAAAUUAGUCGAGGAUUGUUUUUUGUUCGCAGCAAGCAAUUAUUCAAAUGAUGAACUUAAAUUAAUUAUUAGUAAAAUUGGAUGUCAAUAUGUUCUUAAUUAUAAAAAAAAUUCAAAUUUUUUUCAAAAAGUGACAGAUAGUUUAGAUUCACAAAUGAUUAGUUAUUAUUUGGGAAAAAUUUUUCCACAGACAGAUUCAAUUUCUCCUAGCUAUAAAUUAAAUGGGUACCUUCAUUUAAUGUUAAAAGAAGAAACUUUUUUGCUUGAAGAUAUGAUUCUCAUGUUAAAAGUUUGUACAGAUAGUCUUCUUAAACAGUAUAAAGACAAUGUUUUUAAUAGGCAUUUAGAAUUAAAAUUAUUGGCCGAUAUUGUUAUUCAUGUAUAUGCUGGUGUCUCAAUUUUAGCAAGAGCAUCCAGAGCGUAUUGUCUUGGAGUAAGAAAUCAAGAAGUUGAUGUCAAAAUUAUCAGGUCCGAUAUGUUGAAAUUACAUGAUAACUUUUCAAAAAUUGUGUACAGGUUGAAAAAUAAUAAUGAUUAUAUAAAAUCUUGCAACUUAUGGAAUACUAUUGCUGAUGUUAAAAAGUUUAAUAGAAAUCAUCCAAUAUUUGCAUCGUAG